AUGCCCUACGAAACCGAUAUUCCUCUGACCACCGUUCGCUCGAAUGCCUCUACCGGCGCCCGCAAGCAAGGCGAUGGCUUAAACUCAUCGCACGACCUUGAGAGUUCGCCCUCAUCGAAGGAUGACGAGAAGAACGAUUAUUUCAGGAGCGGGAUGAAGGGCAGGCGCCCCGGCCAGAGACCGACGAGGGCGGUUACUGAUGGCGAGGAAACUUCAGUGAACAGCAUGGGCAGAUUCUACAAGAAAAUCAUUGAAUUCUCCAUCGUCACUCGCUACUUCGUGUACGUGCUCCCGGUGGCACUCGUGCUUGCGGCACCCAUUAUCUAUUACGCCGUACAGAAACCCAAUGCCAAGCUCACCACAACUGGCGUAAGGGUAUAUCUAUUCUUCCUCUGGAUAGAGAUUGUCUGGUUAUCACUUUGGGUUACAAAAUUGUUGUCCAAGGCAGUUCCCUGGUUGUUCAUAUUCCUUUGUGGGGUUGUGAGCUCAGGAACUCGAAAAUACGCCCAAGUCUUGAGAGCCGUCGAGAUGCCGCUUAGCUUGGUGGGUUGGGCAAUAACAUCGUUGGUUACAUUCACUGCCCUAACUGGAAACCGUAUCAAUAAUCGAAACCCUGAGGAUAACCCGCGCUGGAUUCUGGUGAUGACCAAUCUGUUGCUCCCCGCCCUGUUUGCAACCAUUCUCUUACUCGCCGAGAAGAUGAUAAUUCAGAUCAUCAGUAUACAUUACCACCGCCGUUCAUUCGACGCGAGAAUCAAGGAAUCGAAGCACACCAUCCAUCUUCUAGGCCUUCUUUACGACGCAUCGAGGACCUUGUUCCCUAUGUAUUGCCCCGAAUUCGCAGAGGAGGAUUAUGUUAUCAAUGCCACAAUCGAGUCCCUUCUUGGCAAAUCAAUUGGUCCCUCGGGCGCUGCUACCCCACUGAAGUUAAUCGGAGAUAUUGGACGCAUUGGAGAUAAGGUCACUUCUGUUUUUGGAAACAUUGCAUCUGAGAUCACUGGCAAGCAGGUCUUCAAUCCCACUUCCGCCCAUUCCAUCGUGAUCGAAGCUCUGGAGAAAACUAGGUCGUCUGAAGCCUUGGCAAAACGAUUAUGGAUGUCGUUUGUCGUCGAGGGCAAGGAAUCUUUAUCCUUGGACGAUAUCCGGGAGGUCCUUGGGCCAUCUCGGGCCGAUGAGGCAGAGGAGGUCUUUGCCUGUAUCGAUAGUGAUGGGAACGGUGAUAUCAGUCUCGAAGAGAUGAUUUUGAAAGUCGUGGAGAUCGGAAGGGAACGAAAGGCCAUUGCUACGAGCAUGCGAGAUAUUGGACAGGCCAUUGGUGUUCUUGACCAGAUCCUGGUUACCGUCCUCCUAGUUAUCACGAUAUUCAUAUUCGUCGCAUUUCAAAACACUAAUUUCGUCACAACGCUUGCCACAGCCGGGACAGCUAUUCUUUCCCUUUCGUUCGUCUUCGCUGCCACUACCCAGGAGUUCCUUGGAAGCUGUAUCUUCCUUUUUGUCAAACACCCCUUCGAUGUUGGCGACCGUGUUGACAUCACCGGACCGGAAAAGGAAUACCUGGUUGUCGAACAAAUAUCUCUCCUGUAUACAUUGUUCAAACGCAUUGACAACAUGAAGAUGGUGCAAGUUCCCAACAUUGUCCUCAACAAUCUGUGGAUCGAGAAUAUCACUCGUUCCAACGCAAUGAAGGAGCAACUUGACAUGGCCAUCUCCUUUGAUACAUCGCUUGAGGACCUCGCCCUUCUACGCAGCGAAAUGGAGGCUUUUGUGACACAUCCAGAUAACGCCCGUGACUUCCAACCUGAUCUGCUACUUGAGGCUACAGGAGUUGGAAACAUGGAUAAAUUGCAACUACAGAUCGAGAUCCGUCACAAAUCAAACUGGCAUAACGAAACGAUCCGUGCUGCUCGGCGCUCGAAAUUCAUGUGCGCGCUCGUCCUCGCUCUUCGCAAAAUACCUAUCAAUGGCCCAGGAGGCGGCGGCGACGCCCUUGGAGGCCCAAGUAAUCCGUCUUACAGCGUAGCGAUCAACGACGAUUGGGCAGCUCAAGCAAGAGAAAAAUCAAAAAAGGACAAGAAUGAGGCACGAUUCAUUCCCGUCCCUCCCAAGACCGACAGUGAUGAUGCCUUAGUUGGAGAGGCAAAGGCAGCUGAGGCCAUCAACUCUCGCAACCCAGUCGCUGAUGCGGCGCACCUUGAUGCUGGCUGGUCCAGUGGAAGGGGUGAUCCGACUGUCCAUCUUCCCCGAACCAGCGAGGAGCGGGAUCGCACCGGUGAAGUGGGAGGGCUCGACGGAGGUCUGGCGCACCGCAAAUCUUCCCGUGGGCGCCGAAAGGCCGGCGACACCAUCCCUCCUGCAGAAGUUCAAGGUCAACCAGCCCUCGGCGUGACGGCUGCUAGUCCAACAAGGUCAGGUUAUGGCGGACGAGGUGUCGUGGACGAGGAGGCGGAGUUGGGACUCCAUCAAACCAAUUCAACGGGACCAUUAUACUCGCGGGGGUAUGAUAGUUCGGAAUAUGUCCGACAGCAACAAAUUAACCGCCCCACAUACCUAACUUAUCCUCCCACUCAACAGUCGCAGCCGGAAGGUCAAGGAAUGCAACUACACCCACUUUCAAGCUCGCCGUCCGGUAGACAAGCUCCAACAGGCGGACAGCAGGGCCAAGGACGACAAAGGGACUUGACUCCAGGUGGUAGACCUGGUGGCGGUCCUGCACCUCCAGCGCAGUAA